AUGCAUUAUGUAUUACAAUUUGUAAAUAAUGCAUUUAUGGGGAAUUCCGGUGCCGAAACACCGAAGGUCAUCACUGUAACAGCAGCAGAAUUGCAAMAACUACAUCAUCAUGUUAGUUCACAUGUUAAAGCCUUAGAAGCCCUACAGCAACCUGUUAAUAGUUGGGAUGCUUGGUUAGUUACAUUAAUUUGUUAUAAAUUAGAUAAUACUACUGUUGGGGAAUGGCAACUCCGUCAGAAUACUCGAGAAUUACCAAAGUUUAGUGAACUUGAAACAUUCCUGUUGAAUCGCAUAUCAGCAUAUGAGGUUGGCGAUUUCAACAGCAUCUCCACCAUGGAAGCUGCACAAAGUCAACAUAUGAGACGAGUCCCUCAAAAAAAGKCAUUAUUUAUCAAAGAAAAUAAUCAUAAAAACACAACUAUUWACAAAUGUGUGUUAUGUACAGGUUCUCAUAAAUUGCAUGCCUGUGAUCAAUUCCUGGGAUUGUCAGUUUCUGAGCGUUCAAAGGUAGUUAGYAAUCAUUCUCUUUGUUUUAACUGCUUACAUCCUGGUCAUAGUGCUGCGGUCUGUCGAUAUGGUAGUUGCCAUAAGUGUGGGCGCAAACAUCAUACAAAAUUACAUGAAUACCAGCAUACCCCUAAACCAAGUGACAUCUCAACAAAUGAYUCAGAGCUGCAAGGUGAAGCACAAUCAUCGCACACUUCAAUGCAUGUACAACAACAUAACACAGAAUGCCAAGUUAUGCUAGCAACAGCAAUUGUCAAAAUACACGGAAYAGGAAGUGAACAACAUGAGCUGCGAGCAGUUUUGGACUCAGGAUCACAAAUAAAUUUCAUAACUCGUCGGUGUGCCAAUCUCCUGAGACUAAAAACAUCAAUGUCAWUGUCAAGUAUAUCAGGCAUAGGAACUCUAUCCACCAAGUCUGCCAAACUUGAAUCMACACUYCUAUCAUCACGUUUUGGAUCAUAUCAAACCACUGUUGAUUUGCACGUCUUGCCUGUCAUUACUGGUCAUCUACCAACGAGAACUGUUGACAUCAAUCAAUUCAWUAUCCCAGAUCAAGUUAAAUGUCAGCUUGCAGAUCCYUUAUUUCACAAACCUCAACCAAUAGACCUAUUAUUAGGUGCUGAACUGUUUUUUGAAUUGUUUAUAGGUAACCAUAUCAAACUUUCACCCAAGUCAUUUGCAUGUGAGACAAAGUUGGGUUGGAUAAUCACCGGUUGCAUUCCUGUUAUUGAGUCGUUAGUAUCGCAAUCAUUGGUCUCUACAUCUAUCACAAAUCAGAGUAGCAUUUCCGCACUGUCUCUCCAAAGUCAAAAAAAAAUCACCCAACGUGCUGAAGAAGCUCAAGUUGAAAGUCAUUUUCAAAGUUCAAUUAAAUUUGAUCACAAUGGACAAUUCAUAGUAAAGCUGCCAAUCAAUUGUGAUCCUAGUGUUCUAGGAGAUUCAAAGUAUAUGGCUACAAAAAGAUUCUUGGCAAUGGAACGACGGUUGAUGAGCAACAAAGUCCUAGCAACAGAAUAUGAAAAGUUUAUGACCGAAUAUCUAACCAUUGGUCACAUGGAGAAAAUUCAAGAUACAGACAUAAUCUGUCAACCCAUCACUUACUAUCUUCCYCACCAUGCUGUGGUUAAAGAAAACAGUAUAACAACAAAGACUCGUGUUGUGUUUGACGCAUCAGCUGCUACAUCAACUGGUGUUUCUCUUAAUGAUAUCUUAAUGCGAGGACCUACAGUACAACCAACAUUAUUUCAAAUUAUUCUAAGAUUUCGAUUACAUAACAUAGCCAUCACAGGUGAYAUUGAAAAAAUGUAUCGCCAAGUCAAAGUUGAUCGGUCCGACUGUGACUUACAACGAAUUGUAUACAGGUCAAAUCCAAGUGACCCAUUGCAACAUUAUAGACUUCUAACCGUCACAUACGGAACAAAAUCAGCGCCUUAUCUGGCCACGAGAUGUUUAUCUGAAUUAAGCAAACGUUGCACCGAUCAAGGAAUCGCUAGAAUAAUUAAAGAAGACUUUUAUGUAGAUGACUUGCUAAGUGGUGGAACAACAGUUGAAGAGUGUUUUCAAUAUUAUCAACAACURACAAAUGUACUGAAUCAAGUUAAUUUUCCUAUCAGAAAAUGGUGUUCAAAUUCUGCAGAGUUGAUCGCAAAAAUACCGUCUGCUAAUGAACAACAUUAUUCAUUGCUGUUGGCUGAAGAUGAGUCUAUCACCACGUUAGGACUAACAUGGCUACCAAAUAAAGAUAUUUUWAAAUUUGUACUAAAACCUUGGAAUCCACAAACACGAAUGACAAAGAGGUCAUUGCUGUCAGAUCUACACAAAAUUUACGAUCCACUUGGAUUUAUCACACCAGCAUUAAUAAGAGGCAAGAUUUUCCUCCAACAAUUGUGGACGCUUAAGGUAGAAUGGGAUACAGUUUUACCUCCUGACACACAGCUCAAGUGGACAACAUUUUGCAACAGUCUUAAAUCAAUUGAGAGCMUAUCCAUUCAACGUUUAGUUUUAUGCCAUGCCAACAAACGAAUUAUUACACUUCAUGGUUUUUGUGAUGCAUCUCAAAAUGCUAUCGGAGCAUGUAUCUAUGUACGUUCGAAAACAGCAGAUGCUGAAGACUCAUGGACAAUCGCACUAUACACGUCAAGGUCACGAGUWGCACCUAUUCGUACCACAACCAUACCAAGGUUARAACUCAAUGGUGCAACAGUAUUAGUUGACUUGAUGACUGAAGUUCGAAAAGAGUUCAAGGCCCUUAAUAUAGMCAUCUCUGAUGACAAURUUACAUUGUGGACAGAUUCCUCAAUUGUUUUAUCAYGGAUAAACACAGAUAUUCCCUUAAAAAUGUACGUUUCCAAUCGRGUAACACAAAUUCAUGAGUCRUCAACCAUAGCACAAUGGAGAUAUGUACCAUCACAAGAGAACCCUGCCGACCUCAUWACUCGAGGAGUACCAGCACAGUCUUUAAAAUCAUCAACUCUCUGGUGGAAAGGACCAGARUGGUUAACACUGAACAGUAGCCAUUGGCCUGAAGGUUUUACACAUUYGAUCGAUAUUCCCGAAAUUCGCACCAUCAAGUCUGUUCUCACAGCCACUCAGCCUGUCAGUGUUGACUCAACAAAGGAUUAUAAUUUGUUAAAUCGAUAUUCGAGUUGGACAAAACUCAUUCGAAUAACUGCGUAUAUUCAAAGAUUUUSUAGCAAUUCUAGAUCUGUGAARGCUGAAAGGACCAUCGAUCACCUCCAUGCCUUUGAACUUAUUGCCGCCAAAAAAGUGUGGAUAAAGAUUGCUCAACAAAAUGCAUUUAAACCUGAGAUAAUAUGUUUGGAGCACGGCACCCAACUAUCUCGGCGAAGUAAACUUAUUCGACUAAGUCCCUUUAUUGAGAACGGCAUCAUCAGAGUGGGAGGAAGAUUACAACUAUCACAAUUACCUGCCAAUCAGCGACAUCCUGCAGUUUUACCAAAAUCACAUCGUAUAACUCAACUCAUUUUCGAACACUAUCACAAACAAUAUUUACAUGCUGGUCCCCAAAAUCUGCUCAAUAGGGUMCGCCAAGAAUUUUGGCCUCUUAAUGCAAGAGACACAGCUCGACGCAUUGUACAUAACUGCAGCACAUGUUACCGAGCCAAACCUCACACAUUCAAACCAACGAUGGGAAAUCUACCGCAACUUCGAGUGACUCCAAGCCGUCCAUUUACUGCAACGGGCAUUGAUUUUGCUGGCCCCAUCAGUCUGCAUUCAGGUCCUCGCAAUAGAACUGUUACUAAGGCUUAUAUAGCAGUUUUCAUAUGCUUCAGCACUCGUGCAAUUCAUUUAGAAGUUGUUAGCAGUUUGACUUCCCAAGCUUUCUUAGCAGCKUUACGGCGUUUCUUUUCUCGACGAGGCCAGAGUUCACACAUAUAUUCAGAUAAUGGYACUAACUUYUGUGGCGCUAACGCUGAAUUGAAACGUCUUUAUAAGCAUCCAUGUGAUAACAAUAAGACUGUUGUAGAGACAUUAGCACAAGACGAAAUUCAGUGGCACUUCAACCCUCCAAGUGCACCACAUAUGGRUGGUCUCUGGGAGGCAGCUGUUAAAUCUACCAAACACCAUCUCAUAAGAACAYUAAAAUCAGCUAARCUCAAUUUUGAAGAAUUAGCCACAUUAYUGUGCCAAAUUGAAGCAUGUCUAAAUAGUAGACCAUUGACCCCUCAGUCAAGUGAUCCUGAAAGCUUUGCAGUACUAACACCUGCCCACUUCUUAGUAGGAGGUUGUUUAACGCUACCUCCAGAUGUACAACUUCCUGAGAAGCCUAUUAACUAUCUAAAGCGAUGGCAUAUUGUUCAGGGAAUGAUGCAAGGUUUUUGGCGCAGAUGGUCGACCGAAUAUCUUCGCACAUUGCAAGUCAGGUCGAAGUGGAAUGUAGUUACCAAAGAUGCAGUCAUCAAACUUGGAGAUUUAGUACUAAUUGUCGAAGACAACCAACCUCCGCUAACUUGGCGCACUGGCCGAGUUACACAGCUUCAURCGGGCUCUGAUGACAUUGUUCGUGUUGUAACAGUUACCCUGCCUGGCAAUAAGUCAUUACGUCGGCCUCUAGUAAAACUAUGUCCACUGCCCUAUGUCAAUGCUGAAGAAACUUCAACAUAA